UCCUAAGAAGACGUCUUACAACUGUCACAAGAUUGCCACUCGAUUCAAGGAAGAACAACGAAUUUCCUCAACUGAUUGGUGUGAUCACUUGUGGAAUACUACAUAACAAAUUUGACUUCCAAUUCAUGUAACAUUGAUAUUGUUACAUCAGAAAGCAAGAUGACUGAGUUUUGGCUGAUAUCGGCACCCGGGGAUAAAACCUGUCAACAGACAUGGGAGAACCUGUGCAAUAUGACGUCCCGACAAAAUUCCCUGUCAACUAAUUACAAAUUUGCUAUCCCGGACUUAAAGGUUGGAACACUUGACAUAUUGGUUGGACUGUCAGAUGAGCUGGGAAAGCUUGAUGCUUACUGUGAAAGUGUGACAAGAAAAAUUUCCCAUUAUAUGGGUGAAGUUUUAGAGGAUAACCACAAGCUGCAGGAAAAUCUGUUAGCCAAUGGAGUGGACCUGGUGACUUACAUGACACGAUUCCAAUGGGAUUUAGCCAAGUAUCCCAUCAAACAGUCCCUUAGGAACAUAUCACAGAUAGUCAGCAAGCAAGUUUCUCAAAUUGAAGGUGAUCUGAAGUCAAAAGCAAGUGCUUAUAACAACCUGAAGGGCAGUCUUCAAAACCUAGAAAGGAAGGCAACCGGGAACUUACUAACCAGAAACAUAGGUGAUCUGGUGAAGAAGGAAGACUUUGUACUAAAUUCUGAAUAUCUUCAAACACUGCUGGUGGUCGUUCCCAAAGCUAACCAACAUGAUUGGCACCUCAAGUAUGAAACUUUGACUGACAUGAUAGUGCCAAGGUCAACAAAGGUCCUGUUUGAGGAUGAUGAAAACUGUCUCUGUAGCGUCACUUUAUUCAGACGAGUGGUUGAUGAAUUCAAACACAAAUGUCGAGAGAACAGAUUUAUGGUGCGAGACUUCACUUACAAUGAAGAGGAAUUAGCAGCUGGCAAAACAGAAAUCACAAAACUGGAAGCAGACAAGAAAAAGCAAUUUGGUCCUCUUGUUAAAUGGCUGAAAGUGAACUUUGGAGAAUGUUUCUCUGCCUGGAUACAUGUAAAGGCUCUACGAGUGUUUGUUGAAUCUGUGCUAAGGUAUGGUCUGCCUGUGAACUUCCAGGCCAUGCUUCUACAACCCCAUAGGAAGAGUGUGAGGACCCUUCGAUCAGUCCUUAGUCAGUUGUACAGCCAUUUGGACAACACAGCACUGGCCGCUUCUAGUGAGGGAGGCCACAUGGACAUCCCAGGGCUAGGCAUGGGCAACCAGGAGUAUUAUCCUUAUGUAUAUUACAAGAUCAAUCUGGAUCUCACAGAAGUUUGAGUCACAGAACAAAAUUGUCAUUAAUUGUUAUAUACGGAACUGUUCGUGUCUAGACUCUUUGUCCCUGUGGUAGCUCUUUCCUGUAUGUGAGGGGGUUAUAUUGUUGUAUCAUCAAGUUACCAAUUCAAAAUAUCUCCAAAAUAUUUAUUCAAGUACAUUUAUCAAUGUGUUUAGUACUAAGCAAUUAUGUAAUUUUAUGAUAAAAAAAUGUAAAUUCUCUUUUAUCAUAUUAAUGUAGAAAACUACUGUAAUUACAAAUUAUGGACCACUCAGAUUUCUUAAAAUAAAAAUUGUUCCUUGAAAUGUGUAGUUUUACAAAAUUGCUGUGUGUUAUGUACAAUGCAUAUCGUAGGUAUUGUCUCGUAAAAUAUAAAUUCACAAACACCUCAAGGAAUAUGAUACACCAUAUAAAGAUAAUAUGAAAAAAAUUGUAACUUACCUAUCAUUGGGUGAAGAUAACACUAAAUUUUGAGAACUUGAUUUGUUUUAGAAAUCUGGGUAAUGUUUAUGCAUUUGUGUUAGAAAUUUGUGUUUCUUUUUAAAUUAGUGAUGAAUUCCAUGUCAAAAAAACUACCAGUAUUUAUAAUGUCAUUUAACUGAAAUUUUCUCUACUGCAUCAUUGUAUUAUAUACAGUGUAUUAUGUAAUCAUGUAAUUUGACAUUUGAAAAUCUUAAAAAUACUGUAUAAAAUGGUUCCACUGAUUCUUUUAGAAGUCAAAUUGAUCAAACACUGGUGAAAGUUCAAUGGAUAAAAUCUUACUUUCUUUUAGUCUUGGUGUUAGGGAGAAAUAUAUUUUUCAUUAUCUUUUGUUCAGUCUGUAAAAUGUAGAAGGAAUGGAGCUGUAUGUUCAGAAUGUGAUUUGUAUUGAUGGUAUGUGUGCUACCAUCAUUUUACACUGCAUAUAUGUUUAUCAUAAUUAGUCUUUCAUAAAUCCAACCCCAUUAAAUUGUACAUAAAGUUGGUCAAUUAUGUCAUGUUUGUAGUCUCCCUUUCUAUGUUUUCUUUUUCAAAAAUGGUACCUUUGUUGAUGAAGUAUGGUAAAUUUACCUCUUGAAGAAAGCUAUGAAUUGGAUAUACAUUGGUAUUACAUUUUAUCCUAAAAAAAUGCCAUAUUUGUUGUAGAAUGUGACUUUGAUUUAUAAUAAUCAUGUUUUCUCAAAUGUGUGAAUGGAAACAGGACAAUACAAAAGUAAGACCAAUAUUAACUUUUUUCUGUUAAUCAGCAACUGACCUUUGCAUCAAAUUGGAAUAUCAAACUAGAUAAAACAGGAUUUGGUGCAUUAUUGUGAUGUUUCAUGAAUAUGUAUACUUCAGCAGCCUAGUCUAAUGGCUACCUUUUUGUUGUCUGUAGUUGAGAGUCAUGUUUAUGUCAUCUUCCAGCUAGAGUGUAACAAUGUAGGAAGGGAGACCACAAAACCAGAUGUUGAUGCGAAAUGGAUCAAAAUGUGAUUUUAGUCUUUUAGAUAUGAAUGUAUUGAUGUGUAACCGUGAUCAGCCAUGUAUGAUAUAAAGAAUCAUUUAAUUAUAACCAUAUUCUGUGAUUUUUGCAUUCCAUAAUAAAUUGCUCUAUGUUAUUUUGUAGUUUUCUUCAAAAAUCCAGAUAUUUGUUUCAAACAUGUGCAUGGAGGCCUAUCUGAAAACCUCAUACAUAUUAAUGGAGAUGAACUCUAGAUUAAUGAACAAGUUAAGACUUAUCAGAAUUAACAGUGAAGAAAAGCAUUACAGUUAUAAGGAUACAAGAUUCCUCUCUACAUUGGUACCAUCUACCUUCUAUUUUGUUUUAAAUGUCAUUUUAUUGAUAACUGAUGUUUUAAGUAGCCAGUGAGGCUAAACAAUGAUUGACCUUGUUACCAAUAUUUCAGUUAUAGUGUUAUCCUAGUUUCGCUCUGGAUAGAGUUCGAUUAGAGAAUCGUACCAGCUGUCUGUCAUCGACAAAAACAACCACUGCACAUGUUUUUGUGUGAUUAAUCUAGUCAAAUUGUAGGUUAUCUCGUCUCCAAUUAUGUUGUACAAAUCAUCAUGAAUACACCAAUAAGCUUGAUUAUUAGCUGAAGAUAUAACACAACAUUUACUGUUUUGUUUUACGUUUUGUGUAGACAUGAAAAUGUAUAACCAAUAUACCUACUACACCUGUUAUAGAAACUACAGUCAUACUUAGAGAUAAUUUAAUCUUUUUACAAAUUUCUUUUAGAAUUAAUUUUGACGUGUGGGGAGAGGAAUUGAAAUGUGUUCAAAAGCACAAUUUAAUUUGAUAUUAUGAAAACUGACCAUGAUGUAGUAUAUAAACCUUGCCAUGUCUAACAAAUCUUAAAUAAGAGUUGAAAUAUUAAUUUCUCCCAGAUUUUGUUCAUACUUAAACAAGAAAUCAGAGUUACAUGUAUGGCUACUGUGUAGAUGGCUAGACAUUUUAUAGCUAGACACAUGUCAUUGUUGUAGGGUUAGAUAGAUAUGGUUGUAAUGUUAUUAGUAAAUCUGUAAGCACAAGCAUUGAACAAUAAAUAUAUGUACCUUA